AUGAAGCUGAAAAUCAAUUCCCCACUCCCUUCCCCAGUUGAUUCUGAUACUGAGAAUGACAUUCCAAAACUGAAAUUCCCCGAAUCUCGUAUUCAUUCUGGAUUGAAUCCAAACUGCAGAUCCACUAUUCCCCUCUGUCCAAAGUCCUUCUCCAAGGUUAUGAAGUCAAUCGACACUUUCAUUUUUGAUGCUGAUGGUGUCCUCUGGCUUGGUGAAUCAGUGAUGCCAGGAUCUCCUCGUCUGAUUGAUUACCUAGUGAAACACAAUAAACAAAUCAUUGUUCUCACCAACAAUGCCACCAAAUCUCGUGCUGUCUAUGCGAAGAAAUUGGCGAAACUCGGCUACAAUUCGCAGAAAAUGAACAAGAACAAUCUGGUGAAUCCAGCUGCAGUAGUUGCUGACACAUUACAAAGAUCUGGAUUGGAUGGUAAACGAGUUUAUUUGAUUGGAGAACAAGGACUUCGUGAUGAAAUGGAUGAACUGGGCAUUGAAUAUUUCGGACAUGGACCAGAGAAGAAGCAAGAAAUCGAUGGUGCAUUCAUGUAUGAUAUCAAAUUGGAGGAGAAUGUUGGAGCAGUUGUUGUUGGUUACGAGAAACAUUUCGACUACACGAAAAUGAUGAAAGCAGCCAACUAUUUGAGAGAAGAAGGCGUUCUGUUUGUGGCUACGAAUGAAGAUGAAACAUGUCCGGGACCGAAUCCAGAAGUGGUUAUUCCUGAUGCUGGACCAAUUGUUGCUGCAAUUAAAUGUGCAUCUGGAAGAGAUCCAUUGACUGUUGGAAAACCAUGUACACCUGCAUUCAAUUAUAUCAAAAGGAAGUGGAAUAUCAAUCCAUCGAGAACUAUGAUGAUUGGUGACAGAACCAACACUGAUGUGAAAUUCGGAAGAGAUCAUGGAAUGAAGACGUUGUUAGUGUUGUCUGGAUGUCAUCAAAUCGAAGAUAUCAUUGAGAAUCAAAUGAAUGAACGUGACGAUAUGGUCCCUGAUUACGUCGCCCCUUGCCUCGGUGCUCUUGUUCCAGAGACCAAUCAAGUCUACUACUAA